GCGCUGUAAACGCGCACCUGGUUCUCCUACAGCUGCAGAUGUUCAGAUGUAGUCCAUCAGAGCAGCUGUGCGGGUGUCGGCAGGUGGAGCUCCACCAUCCCAUUCAAACCUCCGGAAGGGUCCAGGACUCCCUCUCAGGAACACGCUCAUCCUCUCACUCUGUACUCGCGCGCCGACCUCGCCCGCACGUGGACGCACGUUGUGUUCCAGAAGCGCUCGAGCUCCGGAGAGAGUUGAGAGCGCGCGCGCGCGCGCGGUGUUUGACCGGACGGGCGCGUGUCGUCUCAGCCGGAGGAGCUCCUCUGCUUUAUCAGCUUCUUUUAUUUGUUGUUUUCAUUUGUAUUUUUCGGGUUUAUAAAAUGGGAUUCAGACAGCAGCUGGGCUGCGGGCGCCAUCGGCUCCUCCUGACCGGAAAAUGAAGCGUCUCUGUCGGAGGCUGGCGGUGGCCGUGGCGGUGCUGGUGUGGCUGGGAGCGCUGGUUUACCUGCUGGUGCUGAGUCGGAGGAAGUUACCGGAGCUCGGUGCGGGAGCAGGAGGUGGAGGAGUAGCUGGAGGCGGAGAGACGGGGAAUAACCAGAUGUCAGAUGCAGAGUGGGAGGACAUGUUGGAGGGCUUUGAUGAGCGGAGUUACCUGAACGCUCGGCGCUGGAAGCCCGGCGAUGACCCAUACACGCUGUACGCUUUCAACCAGAGAGAGAGUGAACGGAUCCCCAGCGACCGAGCCCUGAGAGACACGCGGCACUACAGGUGCACCUCUCUUCACUACGACUCAGAUCUUUCUCCAACAUCUAUCAUCAUCACCUUCCACAAUGAGGCAAGAUCCACUCUGCUUCGCACCAUCAAAAGUGUCUUGAAUCGGACUCCAGUUCAUCUAAUUCAUGAGAUCAUCCUGGUUGACGACUUCAGCAACAAUGAAAGUGACUGCCAGCUUCUCACCAAACUGCCUAAAGUCAAAUGUCUUCGCAACAACAAGAGAGAAGGCCUAAUCCGGUCCAGAGUGCGAGGCGCUGAUGCUGCGAGGGCAAACGUCCUGACCUUCCUGGACAGCCACUGUGAGGUCAACAAAGAUUGGCUGCCGCCCCUACUGCAGAGGAUCAAACAGGAUCCAACUCGUGUGGUCAGCCCUGUCAUCGACAUCAUCAACAUGGACACCUUCGCCUAUGUGGCAGCCUCUGCGGAUCUCCGUGGAGGCUUUGACUGGAGUCUCCAUUUUAAGUGGGAGCAGUUAUCACCUGAACAGAAAGCACGCCGGACCGACCCGACCCAGCCGAUCAAGACUCCGAUCAUCGCAGGUGGGCUUUUUGUGAUUGACAGAUCAUGGUUCAAUCAUCUUGGGAAAUAUGACACAGCCAUGGACAUCUGGGGUGGAGAAAACUUUGAGAUCUCGUUCCGGGUUUGGCAGUGUGGCGGCAGUCUGGAGAUUCUGCCCUGCAGCAGAGUGGGUCACGUCUUCAGGAAGAAGCACCCGUAUGUCUUUCCUGAGGGCAACGCCAACACAUACAUCAAGAACACGCGUCGUACAGCUGAGGUGUGGAUGGACGACUUCAGUCUCUUUUACUACUCUGCCCGGCCGGCUGCUCGAGGGAAAUCCUACGGAGACAUCCGAGGCAGAGUGGAACUUCGGAAGAAGCUCAAGUGCAAAUCCUUCAAGUGGUACUUGGACAAUGUGUACCCCGAGCUCAAGGUCCCAGAUGACUCAGACUCACAAUCAGGUGUGAUCCGACAGAGGCAGAACUGUCUGGAAUCCCGUAGCGUCGAGGGCCAAGAGAUGCCCAUCCUCACACUGGGCCCCUGCGCCGGAGUAGAGGGGGUCCCAUCCAGCAGUCAGGAGUGGGUGUACACUCAUGGGCAGCAGAUCCGUCAGAAGCAGCACUGCCUGUCGCUGUCAACCACCUUCCCUGCAUCGCAGGUCCUGCUGCUGCCCUGCAACAUGGCGGAUGGGAAGCAGCGGUGGCAGAAAUCAGGGACUCACUUGGAGCAUAUUGUCUCUCGGUUCUGCUUAGACUCUGAGAUGGCUCUGGAUGGCAUGGACUCAUCCCGAAUGCUGGUCAUCAGUCCCUGCGAACUGAGCGCAUAUACACAAAGAUGGGAAGUGCCCUUUUCCUGACCUUGUGAUGCUCCACCUCCGAAAACCUGCUUUAUUACACCGACUCUCCACCUCAGGGAGCUUUGGCUGAGCUGUCCACUUGCACAAACUGGAGGUGUGGGAGCGAUCACAGCACUGACCUGAGGAUUAUUGAACAGAAAGUUGAUGAAGAGCACGGGUGAAAGGGCUGAAAUCUGGUGGAAACAAAAGAGCUGCAAGGGGUCAAAUUACUGCAGCAAAAAAAGAUGCAUGGAAAAUAUGUGGGUUGAAUUAAAGAGUCAGUUUGCCUCAGAGUGAAACUAAGUGCACCUUAAAACCCACACUGUCAAAGUUGGGCAGAAACGUUUUAUGAUGAGGGGAAACAAACAAUGUAUCCGGUCAUGUUUACCUCAUAACUCAUUGCCAUCAACCAUGCAAAUGGAGUCCCUGUAGGAUUCAGUCCAUCAUCAGCGUUUUAUUAUUGUGUCGCGUUACUUCUUGUUUUGCCACAACGUUGAAAUGAACUGAGGAUGAUCUGCAUAGUUUUAGUCAUGUUGCCACAUUUUCUUGAUUUUUUUGUUGUUGUUUAAAACCAAUUUUCAGGCAUUUGUUCUACUUUUCAGUGCUGAAAUUAGAGGUUUUUAUUAGAUAUCAUCUUGAAGGGAGCAUGUGCUGUUCUGAAGUAUUCCUACAUUGUUCUGCGUCAAUGUUGAUGUGCAGCGAUUCGCCACCAUACCAUCGCAGGUGUUGGCUUUUAAAGAAUGUCCUCACAACAAGUUGAAUUAUUCUCUUUGAUUCAUCAGCCAAAAUUUGUAUUCAGUUUGAUACCAAGUAAUAUCAUUUUUGUUUUUUGUUUUCUUGCCUGGAAGCUUUAUAUUACCAGAUUUUCAUGUUGCUUGCUCCUUCUGUGUGGAAUUAUUUCCGUUCUCUACAAAUGUGUUGUAAUUUUACUAUAAAAAUCAUUCUUAGUAUGUUUCCGCACAGUAUUUUACUUCUGAAGAGUUCCAGCAUGUUGGUGUUUUGUUCCUGAGUGAUGGUAGAGUGGAGUGUGAGAUAUUUAGACAGAUUGGGGCAUUCUUUCCUUCCAGGAAUUAGCGCCCUGCUCCGGUCUCUAUUUGUCUUCAUCAACUUUUUGACCCUCACCUUUCGUCAUGAGAUAAUAAUCAAGAGCAAAAGAACAAAAUCCCGGAUACCAGCAACUGAAAUAAGCUUAACCCAUGGGGUCUCUGGGUUUUGCCUUAAAGAAAGUCAAAGACCUCCAUGAUCCACGAGGAGCUGGAAGUAGAGCCAUUGCUCCUCUGCAUCAACAGGAGUCAGAUAAGGUUGUUCCAGCUGGUCAUGGUUGCUCCUGGUGCCUCCCUUUGGAGGUGUCUGGCAUUGUCCCACUUGGAGGAAACCUCACAGCACCUCCAGAACUCACUGAGAACAAUGUGGACAUUUAAAAUGAUGUAUACCCUAUACUGUUCCACUAAAAACAAACACAAAUGUUUGUGGGUCAAAUCUAAAACUGAAACAAAAUAAAAGCUGCUAGCAACCUGGUGACAUAAGCAUCCACACCCUUAAACUAAUUUUUGAUUUACUUUAGAGUUCAGUCUUCUUUGGUUGGAGUCUUAUCAGCAUCCUGGAUCUUGACAAUAUUUGUCAACUCUGCUUUGGGGAAGUUCUUCAGAUCUAACCAACUAGGACAUCUCUUGUUCACAGCCCUCUUCAAGUAACUCCUCAUAUUUUAUGUCAUAUUGCGAUUCCAGACCUUCGAAAGCUUUGUUUUUGCUUUUUUUGUUGACUCAGAUGUUUGUUUGGACUAACUGUGAUGCUGAAUAAAAAAAAUCCUUCUUUAUCUUUAGUUUUCUACCAGACACCUGAAACUGACUGGCAUUUAAAACUGUUUAUGGUUUCAUGAACAGUAGCCCCAGGACAUGUUGCAGCCACCACCAUGUUUUUUAGUGGCCAUGGUAUUCUUUUGGCAAUGUGCAAGAUGGUAUUCUUUCAAAAAUUACUCUAAAGAAUUGUGGCCAAUAGUUAGGUUCCACCGGACCAUGACAUUUUCUCCAAUGAGGUUCUACGACAUUUUAGCCAGGCUGAUUUGAUCCUUUAGACGAAAGAAAAUUCGCCUUUCAGCCGUCCUUCUUAGUCCAGACAUAUGGAGAAUAUGUAGUUGUUGCUAUAUGUAGAACAGAAUCCAAACCACUUUUUCCAGUUUCUUUGCAGUUAGGCUCUCUGUAAGCCUCCCUGACCAGAUUUUGUCUCAUCUUCUUACUAGUUAUAGAAAAUGAAUGAUUUUUACUAAUGUCGCUGUUCUACAUUCUGUCCAAUUAUUAACUGUCCCAUGAUAUUUAUAUAUGUAUUGUUUGUACAAUUAUUCUGACUGAUACCUUUGAAACUAAUUUUGAUCCUUUGUAACCUCUCUGCAAACUGUGGCUUUAUCUAAAGGAUGAAAAUGUGCAAAUAUGAAAACAAUCCAGUGAAACUUUUUUCAGGCUCAUCAGUCACUGUCAUUGAUGGUAGAGGCGUAUCCGUAAACACAAAGCAUCAGUAAAAAGGUGUGGCUUAUGCAACCAGGUUAUUUCAGCUUUUUUUUUUUUUUUUAACAAUUGAUCCUACAAGAUUUUUGUUUUUAGUUGAAAAUGUUUUAAUUCCUAUUAGACUGUAAUUACAGCUGGGGUUACAGCUGACCUACUGACUUCAAAUGUGUCGCUACCUUACGGCUGUGGUUCAGUUCAUCUUGUUCAUCUUUGACGUCUGCAGCAGCAUCAUUUUGAUAUCCUCUCUGAUUCCUAAAUAAAGCUUUUUAAUGCCUCUUUCUA